AUGGUGAUGCGGUUCUUCAACCCCGAUCCUGAACUGGACCGCUACAGGGGCGCGCUCCUUGGGCUGGCUGUGGGAGAUGCCCUGGGUGUUCCCGUGGAAUUCAUGCGCCCCGGCACUUUCGAUCCCAUUACCGAGAUGGUAGGUGGCGGCCCCCACGGUCUCAUGCCCGGUGAAUGGACCGAUGACACUUCAAUGGCCCUCUGCCUUGCGGAGAGCUUGAUCGAACGUCAGGGUUUCGACGCUGUCGACCAGUUGCAGAGGUACGUGCGGUGGUGGCGCAACGGCCACCUCAGCAGCACCGGAUUGUGCUUCGACAUCGGCAUUACCACCCAGGCCGCGUUGGAAAGCUUUCAGUCCACGGGAGAACCGGCGGGACUGACCUCUCUCGACAGCGCCGGAAACGGCUCGAUCAUGCGCCUGGCGCCAGUCCCAAUGUUUUACGCCCUGAGCAUGCCAGAUGCUGUUGAAUUCGCGGCCCGGAGUUCGGCCACAACCCAUGCUUCCGAAGAGGCUGUCAGCGCCUGCCGCUACCUGGCUGCCGUUAUCGUCAAAGCCCUGUGGGGGUCCAGCAAGGAGGAAAUCCUGGCACCCGCACCCCCACAAAUCAGGGGCAGUGGCUACGUGGUUGAAUCGCUGGAGGCCGCGCUUUGGGCGUUCCACAACAGUGACAGCUUCGCCGACGGCCUCAGUAUGGCGGUGAACCUUGGCGAGGACUCAGACACUACUGGUGCGGUUUACGGACAGGUUGCCGGCGCCUUUUACGGCGCCCACACCAUACCGCAGAAGUGGCUGAACACCCUGGCGCACAGAGAUCUGAUCAUCGACUUUGCUGACCGGCUGUACGAUCUGAGGCCUUUGUCUUAA